CUACUAAUUUCUAUCAAACAAGUUAAGUAAAAAAAAUUCAAGAAAGUGUUUUGAAAUGUUAAACAAAUAGCAAUAGGCAAUAACAUGAGUAUCUUGAGAGAAAAUCUUACAUUUUGACUCACCUAAUUUCUCCAAUAUUGAAGUACCCUUCUUUCCAUUUCAUCAAAUUCUACAAUUUACCAGCAUAAUUAUACUUCAAUAUUCCUUUUUGUUUCACAUUAGCUGGAUUUUCUGUAAUCGUCAUCAAACCGGCUAAUUAGAAUUUGUCCUUUUUUUCUCCAAUUUUCUCUUCUUUAAAAAAAAAAAAUAAAUACUUUGAUUAAUAGACUAAUUUGUAAUCUUUUCUUUUAUUCUCCAUUAUUUGAAUCUGCUGUACAAGUAUAUAAAUAUUUUUGUGGGUUUGUCAACAACUACUGUCAGUUAUCUAUUUGCGCGUACUUGAGCUGAUUUCUGUUCAUUUUCUUUAACUUGAAUUAGGUUUUUUCUUGGGACUAAAAUAGGGUUCUUCUUGUUUAGCUUCUUCGACUAUAAAUGAUCGGAAAAGGAAAAUUGACAUUUGAGCUCCAAAAUUGACCAAAAAUGGGCUAUAAAAAUGGUGCUUUUCUGUUGUUUCUUUCACUGUCUAUAUCUUGGAUUUCGAAUGAAGUUUAUGCUGAUACUUUUCUGAUAGAUUGUGGUUCACCAACUAAUACAACUGUGGGUAGUAGAGUGUUUUUGGCUGAUGAUUAUGCCUUGAAAUAUCUUACGACAUCAUCUAAGAUUCUGGCAAAUACUAGUUCUGGUAAUAGCGUUUUGAGGUUGUAUCAAACAGCGAGAAUUUUCGAUAAAGCAACGAGUUAUAAGUUCCCGAUUAGCCAGAAGGGACGAUAUUUUAUCCGUCUUCAUUUCUUCCCGUUUAGUUUUAUGUCUUACAAUUUAAACACCGCGAAGUUCACAGUUUCUGCUCAGCAGUUUGUGUUCCUUAGUGAUUUUACCCCUCCAAAGUCUUCCACUAUGAAAGAGUACUCCCUUAAUGUGACUUCGAAAGAACUUGAAAUUAUAUUGAAUCCUGCGUCAAAUUCUGUGGCUUUCUUGAACGCGUUAGAAGUAUUCUUAGUUCCCGAUGCAUUGAUUAAAGAUGAUGCCUCCUUAACUUAUCCGAUUGGAAGCUUCAAGGGUCUUCUAACUGUGGCUUUAGAAACUGUUUUCCGAGUGAAUAUGGGAGGGCCGUCUGUUGACUACAAUAACGACACUCUUUGGCGAAAUUGGGUCCCGGAUGACAAUUUCUUGGAACACAAGGAUUUUGGUCUAGCUAUCCGUGGCAAGCCUGUCAAGUAUAUCGUUGGUCUAGCUACCGAAGAUGAUGCACCACCUGCAGUCUAUGGCUCUUGCCGAAGACUUAACAACACCGGGGAUGAUCCCAACGCAAAUUUCAAUGUCACAUGGAACUUCGACAUUAGUCCGGGGUUUCAAUACUUUAUUCGGUUUCACUAUUGUGAUAUAGUGAGUGCAGCUUUGAAUGACUUGUAUUUCAACGCUUUCGUAGACGCUUGGAGGGUUUCUCAAAACUUCGACUUUUCUACCGUCACUGCUGGGAAAUUGGCUGCUCCAGUUUAUGUAGAUUUUGUUACGCCGAUAACCACGAAUGAUAAGCUUCAUAUAAGUAUUGGCCCGAACACACAAAAUGGGAAUCCUCCUGAUGCUAUUUUAAAUGGGUUGGAGAUUAUGAAAUUGAGCAAUUCCAAGAACACUCUUGAUGGAGCUGCUGUUAUCCCUUCUUUGCAGGGCAAUUCCAAGAGUGGCGUAGGUGUGAUAGUAGGGGUGGUUGUCGGGGGAGUUGCGCUCCUUGUUUUGGCCGUCAUUUUCUUUUUCUUCUGUAGAAGGCGAAACAAGAAACUGGCUCGAGGUCAUUCUAAGACUUGGAUUCCACUCUCUCUCACCGGAGGGACUUCUUACACAAUGGGAAGCAAGUACUCGAAUGGUACUGUCACCAGUAUGGCUUCAAACUUGGGGUAUCGGAUUCCUUUUGCAGCUGUUCAAGAGGCGACUAACAAUUUUGAUGAGAAUUGGGUUAUUGGAAUUGGUGGGUUCGGAAAAGUGUACAAGGGUACACUAAACGAUGGUACCAAAGUGGCUGUAAAACGGGGCAAUCCUCGAUCUCAGCAAGGCCUUGCCGAGUUUCAAACCGAAAUUGAAAUGCUCUCUCAAUUCCGUCAUCGACAUCUAGUCUCGUUGAUUGGAUAUUGUGACGAAAAGAAUGAGAUGAUCUUAGUCUACGAGUACAUGGAAAACGGAACCCUUAAAAGUCAUCUAUACGGCGCAGGAAAUCCAUGCCUCAGUUGGAAGCAAAGGCUUGAGAUAUGCAUAGGUUCAGCUAGAGGCCUUCACUACCUUCACACUGGUUAUGCAAAAGCAGUUAUUCACCGAGAUGUAAAGUCCGCCAACAUUUUACUCGACGAGAAUUUCAUGGCCAAAGUUGCCGACUUCGGUCUCUCAAAAACCGGACCUGAGCUCGAUCAGACCCAUGUUAGUACAGCAGUAAAGGGUAGUUUCGGAUACCUUGAUCCCGAAUAUUUCAGGAGACAGCAACUUACCGAAAAGUCAGAUGUGUAUUCAUUUGGCGUGGUCUUAUUCGAAGUUCUUUGUGCAAGACCCGUCAUUGAUCCCACAUUACCUCGCGAGCUGGUUAAUUUAGCCGAAUGGGCAUUGAAGUGGCAGAAAAAAGGGCAGCUCGAACAAAUCAUAGAUCCUAAACUACAGGGAAACAUAAAACCGGAGUCUCUUAGGAAGGUGGGUGAAACAGCCGAAAAGUGUUUGGCUGAUUAUGGUGUCGACAGACCUUCAAUGGGAGACGUCUUAUGGAAUUUGGAGUAUGCAUUACAACUUCAAGAGGCUACGAUCCCAGACGAUCCUGAAGAACACAGCACAAAUGUGAUCAGCAAUAUAUCUCCGCAAGUUAACAAUUUCGCUGCAAACGAUGAUUCAACUGUUUCGUCUGUGCAACGCGACACAACAACAAAUGUCGACGAUCUUUCGGGUGUGUCUAUGAGCAGGGUAUUUUCUCAGCUUGUGAAAUCUGAAGGAAGAUGAUUUGAAGCUGUAAUUUUGAUCACAUUUGUAUUAUAAUGCUUUCUUGUAUGUCAAUUUGGGCUAUUUAUUGUAGUAACAUUAUGAAAUUUUAGUACUUAAUAUUGUAUUAAGUCUUGGGCAUUAAAAAGGAACUAUGGAGGUUUAGUUACAUUUUUUUAUGAGUAAUAAAUGAGUUUUUGGGCCAAAA